AUGGCUUCGACGACGCGUACACCUCCUGCCACCGCCCCGUUGACAUUCAUCACCACAGACUCACGAUGUCGGCUUGCCCAAGAGGCAAUCAAGGUCCACAUUUUAAGGCGGCGGCAUCGCAAAGGAGACAAAGGUCGUUAUCGCUACGAUGAUUGCGAGAGUGGCGGACAGGUUCAUGUGUGGGAAUCUGUUCCGUCUUCAGCACCGUCGAACUCGCCUAAGCCGACCAAAACCGAAAGGCCUAAGACGGACAACCAAGCCUCGAAUUGGAAUAGUACCCUCACGGUUAUCAACGACGAACAGUUGAUUAACCUGAAGAACCUCGGCAAGGUACUUGGAGACAGGGGCCCCUGCGAGCCACUCCAGGACCCGGUUGAUCAUUUAAUUAGAAAGUUCAUCCAUCGAUGCAGGAGGUCGCGGGCAGCCGAAGAGUUCCUGAGCUGUUAUCGACUAUGUUCGGCGGCAUUCAGUGCGUUCCUGGCAAAUGAAACGCUUGUGUCCACGUAUGAAAGGGGGACAGCCUCGUCAUUAAGCGCAGUGGAACUGGAACAGUAUGCACUGCAACAAGUGUCCCAACAGAUAUCGGCUUCCCCAUCGGAGCCUGAAUAUGGCACGAUCCUGGCCGCAGCCUUGCUGGCCAACCACAAGGAGCUCAAGGAGGAACACGCAUUUGCUGAUUGGCACUGGAACGCGCUCAAGCGAAUGAUCAGCCUCCGGGGCGGCGUCUAUUGUCUUCGCGCACACGAAGAGCUCCAUGCCCUGCUCUUUUGGCUGGACAUCCUGGUUUGUAACGCCUUCCACUGUUCUCUCGGUCAGUUGUCGAGCGUACAAAGCUCCGAAGCAGCGUCUCGGGACAAAGACGAAUUCGUUGAGCUAUUCGGCCGCAUUGCCGAACAAUGUUCAUGUCCGACCGCGAAUCAUUUUGGAAACAUGGUCCUGAUUUGCACGCUCAGGGCCCUGCAUCAGCCAACCUUUAUGCGAGACAAGUGUGCGCAGAUCAAGUGGCGGCGCGCCAAGUUGGCAUGUUCGAUUCAUUUGGCAGCUCUGCUCCUUCAGGAUCAGACGGAGUCUGACUCCCGCGCGCGAACUGCCUUGAUCAAGAUCGAAGAGGAGGUUGUGCUACGUGAGAAUACUUGCCAAGUAUUGCCAGAGGAGCUGCUUCAUAUCAUCCUCCGUGCAACGAACCAGGAUGGUCUUUGCGAGUCGAUAUGGUACACUUCUCGCAUCAUGAACGUCGUCAAGCAGUUGCCUCUCGAUACCCGCAACACAUGCAACGAUAUUUUAUCGGCGUUCCUUGGCCACGGGGACUCAAUUGAGCCGGCGCUCGAGCGGUGGAGAGGUGUAUCGACUGCCCUAGUACGGGGUGAGCCUCAAUAUAGCGAUAAGGGCAGCUUGGCUGACGAGGAAUUUCAACAAAUUUACCAGAUGGGAUGA